ACUGACUCGAUUAUGUACCUACCAUCCCUGUCGUUUACAUUGUCGCGAGAGAAAUGGCGUCGCGGUUCAAUACUGUCUCUGCUGAAAUUUGAAAUACAGUUCGGGCGCCUUUGUUUCGUAGAUACACAGACUUGAUUGGAUCUUCACCACGCUCCAGUCAUCUUCCACACACGCGAACGAAUACAGGCAAAAUGUCGCACGUCCACCCCUCUCGGCAGGCAUAUGUCGAAAAUGCCGAGUCUCAGCAUAUGCUCAAUCUCGCAGCUCGAGGACGAGCUGACCGGUUCCAACAGAAUGCGCAGCCUAGGGGUCAGAUCGCCUUGAGCGAUGUCCCCAUGGACUACAAUUACGACAUGCCCGCAGGCGCGGGCGCUUCGGGCAAUGCCUCUGCGAUCAUGUCCGGCUUCGACAGGAAGAAGAUGGCCGAUUCCAUACCAGUCCCGACCAACGACGGCCGCGUCCGCACCAAGCUGAGAGAGAUGGGCGAGCCUAUAACCCUGUUCGGCGAGGAUGCCAAGGAGCGGCGAGACAGGCUGCGGGAACUUCUCAUGCAGGAGAAGGAGAGGCAACAGGCCAAUGGACAGGUGGAAGGUGGCCAGGAUGUCGAUAUGGAAGAUGUCGAUGAGGAGGAUGAUGAGGAUGAGGAGCAGGAAGAGGAAUUCUACUCGCGCGGCGGCCCAGAUCUGCUCAACGCCAGGGUAGAAAUCGCCAAGUACUCUCUCCCUCGCGCAAAGCGGCGCGUUGCCUUUCAGAAGAUAGAGGCCAAGAUCCCCCAAAGGACUCAUAUGAGGGUCAGGAAACAAAUCAAGGAGAGGUUGCAGGGUUUCGAGUUGCAGGGGUCACAAACAGCCGGCCAGCGGCACAUCAGCAUUACAAGAAUGUCGCCGAACGGCGAGAUGGUUGCUACAGGAAAUUGGGGUGGACAGGUCAAGCUUUUCAGUAUACCGAAUUUGGACGAAACCAUGAAUCUGAGGGGCCACACCAACAAGGUCAGCGGAAUGUGUUGGUUCCCCGGUGCGACCCUGCAGGAAAGUAACGUUUCGGCAGAGUCUGUAAAUCUUGCGACGGGCGGUGCCGAGGGUCAGGUGAAUUUGUGGUCACUCAGUCAAGACACGCCCCUUGCUACGCUGUCUGGCCAUACGCAACGUGUAUGCCGUGUUGAUUUCCACCCAUCAGGGCGAUUUCUCGCAUCGGCAUCAGAAGAUACGUCGUGGAGGCUCUGGGACGUUGAGAAGAGGACAGAGCUACUACUUCAAGAAGGACACUCUCGAGGAGUCUUUGCAGUCAGUUUCAACGGUGACGGAUCCCUACUGGCCAGUGCUGGCCAGGACAGUAUCGGCAGGAUAUGGGAUCUUAGGACAGGGCGAACAAUCAUGAUUCUCGACGGUCACAUGGACGGACACAUCAAACCGAUCUACGCGCUCGACUGGGGCUCUGACGGCCACCGGGUACUCUCUGCAUCGGCAGACGGUUGGAUCAAAUGCUGGGACGUGCGGAAAGUCCAGAGGACCGGUGGUGUCGGCGCACAUACGAGCGCGGUUUCGGACAUGCGGUGGUUCAAGGGGCUUGACGGACCGCUGGAUGGCGUGCCACUGGGGGUAGAUGAAAAGGGCCAGGCCAUACCUAAGAAGUCGGGCACCUUUCUGGUGUCGAGUGGCUUCGACCACAAGGUCAACAUUUAUUCUGCAGAUGAUUGGGCUUUGGUACAAUCCUUGAGCGGACAUACAGGGCCAGUGGCUAGUGUUGAUGUAAGCAGGGAUGGCAGGUGGAUUGUCAGCGGUGGACAUGAUCGCACGGUUAAGCUCUGGGGGCGGAAUGACGGAGAGGGUGUUUGAAAAGGUUUGGGCAAUAUCAGAGCGCCGACAGAGUAUUGGUGUUUUACGGGUAAAGACGAAUGGAAGGAAAUAAAAAUAAAAACGAAUAAAUUGAGAUACCCUCUGCAGUACUAUGCGAAAAUCAAAAUGCUUGCCCCCUGUGUUGGCGUUAUGCUUCUCGAUCCUUGAUAGAGGCUUGACAUAGGCACAGGUUUGGCUGUACAUUUCUGGAACGUGGCAUCCAAUCAAUGUUUCGAGAUUUUUAAGCGAGCGAUCAUUUCUCUCGGUCCCGCCGACGUCCUGUCAGGGCGCAUGUUUGGGACUAUUCUAGAACUAGAGUAGCUUUCAGUCCAGGCGGUGCCCGAUGUUGGUUGCUAACGCCUAAAUAUUA